AAUUUUAUCACUUAUCAAAAUAUAAGCGAUAAAUUGACAUUGACAAGUGUUUGAGAAAUGCCACUCUGCCAUGUGUUUACUGUUUAUUAUUAGUGAUUCUUUGUAGACUUAAAAAAUGGAAGCAAUACGAAGGAUUCAACCUAAUAUAUUGAUUACUGGUACACCGGGUGUUGGCAAGUCUACAAUUUCUCGUCUACUCUCAGAGAGAACAAAGUUUUCAUGGAGAGAAGUAUCUAAGCUUGCUGAAGAGCACAAUUGUUUAGACGAGUAUGAUCCAGAUUACCAAUGUCCAUUUCUGAAUGAAGAUAAGUUGUUAGACAUAAUGGAGGGUAUGAUGGCAAAAGGAGGUAAUAUUGUUGACUAUCAUGGGUGCGAGUUCUUCCCUGAGAGAUGGUUUGAUGGAGUCUUUGUCAUAAGAACAAAUAACACUUCACUGUAUGAUAGAUUAUCUGCUAGAGGUUACACUGGUAAAAAAUUAGAAGAUAAUAUACAAUGUGAAAUAUUUGAGACUUUGCUGGAAGAAGCACAGUCAUCAUACAAACCAGAUAUUGUGCAAGAACUACAUAACAGCACUGAAGAUCAGUUGCAUUCCAAUGUUAAUACAAUUGUGGAGUGGAUAGAAAGAUGGAAAGAGGAAAAUAUAUAAUAAGAGAUUAUAGAA